UCCUUCCAAAAGGACUUCCCGGUUGUUCUGAAAAGGCACUUGAAAUUAGGGACCUUUUAUUCAAACUUUCAUUUUCCGUGUGCGAUGAGGUCGGCAAUCGAUUUGCUGCAAAUAACAACUAUCAGUUGCCGUGACUUCUGAUGGCAUGGAAGAUUACGGUGAGUUGACUGUCCAAAUAUAUCGCUUGAUAUUUGCUCGUAGAAGAGCUAAAAUCGUUGACAACUAAAUUAGUCAGUGGGAUUUAGCUUACUUAUCUGGGGGAGCAGGGAUGGCGCGGUGGUGAGAGCACUCGCCUUCCACCAAUGUGGCCCGGGUUCGUUUCGCGGACUCGACGUCAUAUGUGGGUUGAGUUUGUUGUUGGUUCUCUUCUCUGCUCCGAGAGGUUUUUCUCCGGGUACUCCGGUUUUCCCCUCUCCGCAAAAACCACCAUUUCUAAAUUCCAAUUCGAUCCGGAAUGCUCGAGCGUUUAAUACAUGAGCCCCUGGCUCGGGAGAUUGCGCAACCACUCCUCAUGCUAUCGAGCUUAAAUAAAAUUGAUUUUGAUUUUUUUGAUCUGGUGGAUAGCUUCUUCUUCUCGCUUCUAGUUUACUGGCUCCUGCUAUUUAUACUUGUGUCAUUGUUAGUAUUGUGGAUGCCAUUACAUCAAUUGUAAUUAAAAUUGUCAAGGAAAUUAAAAAUAUCUUUAUCGCAUGAGGAGGCAUAUAUUGUACAGCCAGGUUCUUUACUUUGUUCUCUGAUUUGUGCUUUCACAGACAAUAUUCUCAUGGAAGCUUACAACGAUUACCUUUAAAAAACUAAUUAUUUAUUCAAGAUCCGUAAGGAAGUGGAUGCUUCAUCUGUUUAUGCUUUUCAGAAUAUAAAGCUUGUUAACCUCAUAUAAUUUUCUAAGCUGAUUCAAGUGUUUGUUACAAGUAGACUAGCCGCGAAUUAAGUAUAUUAUUGCAGUAUAGCGCCGGGCGGGAAAAUAAAGCUAGACGGAUAAACAAACCCCUGACCUCAGCUCCGAUCAACUCGCACUUCAGCUUGGUAAUGAUACCUCUGCACUGGCAUAAAAAUGAUCUAAAAUAAAUACCAACAUUAUGGAAUAAGUGUCAGUGGAAAAUAAGAAAACUUUGUUAGGAAUUGAAAAGACAUCUAAGCCUAUUAGACACAAAGAAACGAAUUGCUUCACACACUCCCAAUCUAUACACUCAUAAAAACUAGCCUGCGAACGGCAGACGUUUGUCCUCGCUCAUCAUCCAUGAAAAAAAAAACGGGAUUAAAUAUUUUUCACACUUUCGGAUUGGUUUUGGAAAUUUGAAGAAUGGAAAAGUGAAAAAACUUUGUUCAGUCAUAACUGAAGCGGUCAUGGCCAAGUGCUCAUACAUGUCUCGGCUCGAACAAGUUGAAGUCGGCUGUGCAGCGUAUUGUGCAACAUGGUUUAUCACCUGGUUUAUGAUGUGUAGGAAUGAUCUUCCGCCCUUAAACUUUUUAAGAAAGAGUGUCUCGACUUUAUUUACAAAAUAUUAAAUCGAAAUAUACGGCAUCGACUGUCAUUAAGUGUCGUAACUAACAUUUUCAUUUAAUUUCAUGAAUACUUAAUGACGUCAUGGUCAAAAUAGCUAGAACAGAACGGAAAGUGUCAUAAAAGUUAUUUUAAUUUUUUCCCUGAACAGCCGAUUAGUCAAAACAAUUCUACAUUAAGGAGAUAAAAAUAAGCGGGGGAAAGUCCCUUUUUUGACCUUUAAUAAUAGAUUAUAACGCAACUUAAAUCUGUUGUUAAGUUAAAUUGAUGUCGUAAGCAUUUUCAUCUGAACAACCUCUAGCAGGUUCCAAGUUUCAACUGAAUUCGUUACAUAUAAUAUUAACUAUUGGAUACAUAUAUACGGAGAUAUAGAUCCUAGAAGCGACAGGAGAUUGCAAUAGAUUACGUUUUAAAAGUAGUGUAUGUGGGCUGAGACGGGCUAAAAGCAUAAAGCGGAAGUUUACCUUUAACUGAUAAAGAACAAAUUACAAAGCCUUUGCCACGUCAGUACUUCAGCCGCCCUGCGCAUAAUUAUCAUGGAUAAAGAAAGCAGUUAAGGAAUAUGCGAGGCGUAUUACUCUAAUGGACGACUCUUGCUUGCCUUAAGUAGCUUGUUGUACACUAUGUUGGUUGGGCUAAGCGGAUCAUCAUUUUAGGUUAAUAGAGUGAAUAUCAUCAUUAAUAAUGUCUUUUAAGAUCUUGCUUUUACCCCUUGGAUUGUAGGGCGAAGUUUAUCGAGACAAGGUAGAUCAUUUAUUUUGUUCUUGAAGAAAGGAAAUACGUUCAGUGCUACUAACUGUCAGCACGUACACAUGACAGUGGUCCAUCUGGCGCGUACCUUGACGUCACUGUCGGGCACUGAUAACCUUUCCACUGACCUAAUUAAUUAGUCAGUAUGAACAACUUCAACUUCAACUUUAUUUGAAAAAAUAGUUGUAAAUAAACGACACAAAGAGACUGGUCCCAAAGUAGAAUUUGCUAAUCUGGGAGGAACAGUCACACUAAAACUUUGCAAUGAAAACAAUCUAAUUUAAAUUUACAAAAGGAGACUUACUUAAUUACUUACACAAGUUUUGGUAAUUUACAUAAUUAAGCAUGCAAUUGCAAGUUCAUUAACAUCACUUUCAUUAAGGACCGGUAAGUUUGAAUGAUAAUGAUAGUGCCAAUAAUAAUGAUAGUAAUAAUAACGAUAAUGAUGAUAAGGACAUGGCUUAAUAUAAUCUCUCGUCUUUUGUGCUCUCUCUCUCUCUUUAAGAUCAAGUUGAAACAGAAUCCAUUACGUCCUCAGGCUCUUCAGGUAAGCAGGUGAUCCCAAAGCAUUGUUAAAAAUCUUGAGUCUUGGAAUUAUGCUACAGCUUUGAAAAUAGGGAGGCGCUUUUGAAAGCAAGAAAUGUUGAUUAUUAUCCCAAAUAAUCCAAAGUACUGAAUUUAUUCAUUCAGAAUUACAGUCAUCAUUUCGUCAUUGUCGUCAUCAUCAUCAUUGUAAGUAUUUAUUAUUGAGGAGGACACAAAUGCUGACAACCUUAGCUACAUUUGCUAACAACCAUGUAACAUAGGAACACAAACUUUUUCCUCUUAGGAAAUUACUCGUACGUCGAGUCAUCACAGUCUCCUAGUAACUCUUCACAAAAUAUCAGCCCCAUUGAAGAGGAAAGAGAAUAUGACAGUGUUCCAGAGGAAGAGACAAUUCGAGUUAUUGAACCUUACCCAGGAUCUUACUGUUUGAGCAGCCACUCUGAAUUACCGGUCGUCAACAGAGGGACUGAGUGGAACUCCCAACCUAGCAAGGGCAUUCUUGCAAGCAAUGGUAAAUUGGCUAUUUACUUUAGAUUAGAAAAAUUAAACUUAAAAACGUUACUCGACGUUUCGAUUUUUCAAACAUCAUUCUCAAGAGUAAGAAAUGCUAAGUUUUUUUUAAUUAAAAAAACAACUUCGAAACUUAACAUUUCUUACUCUUGAGAAUGAUGUUUGAAACAUCGAAGCCUCGAGCAACGUUUUCGAGCGAAUUUAAUUUUUCUUGUUAAAUGCUUCAACAAGCAACUGACAAUCGGAUCUACUUUAGACACUUUAGAAUAGAUUUUGGUAGACUACGAGAAGUCCCCAUUUGUCCUCAGGGAUAGUAGAGCGAGCGAAACGCGAGAGCUUGAGAAAAUCACACACGACAGAAAGGCGGAGAAAAAUGGGGACUACUCGUAGUCUAAGAUUACAGUUAUUAAGCAUUAAAUGCUGAAGGGCAUAAUUAUUUGUAAUCGAUUAUUACUUGUAUGUUCUGUAUUUGAAUUGCUUAAUCGCUACGAUAACAGAAUUCGAACAAAAAACGAACAUCCUGUUCGAGGCAUCACAACACCAACAAACAAGCGCGCAUGGCAUUGUGGGAAGUCUGUAAUAUACUUCCGAAAAACUUUAAAAACCCAACUAUCCAGUUCGAUAUACUACAGUUACUGAAAAGAAAACUUUUUUAUGCAUUUUAGGUGACAAUGAAUUCCAGCAGUGGUCCAUCGAAUCUUUCUUCGAUGACCCAGAUAAAUUCAUUCAUGAGAUGAACAAGACCGCUGACCUGUGUAAGGGACAAAGGGAACAGUUCAUCUUGCAUACGGUUCUUCCUCAUCUAGAAAAAUCAUGGGGUAAAUGUUCUUCCAAAAACGAAGAGGUUUUCAAAAUUCUGGUUCAAAUAGGCUGCAGCGCCAACAGUGGAGUCGUAAUAAGACACGCAUUGCUAUUGUUUCUUCACCUGAUCUGUCAGGAGGAUUUCGACAGUGGGAACAUUAGUUUGCUUGUUGUGGAAGAAAUAACAAGAUCAUCUAUUUUUAUCCCUGAUGGAGUUUUAAGAAAAUCCCAACAUUCAGAGACAAGUUUACAAGCCUUUGUUUACAGUCGCAUUUUGUCAUGGCUUUUGAUACAACGAGCUCGAGACGUAGAUGUGUCAUUCGUGGCUGUAGAGCAAGAUUUGAAGAAGAUUCAACAUGAGCUGGAGAAAAGUUGUAAUCUUGUCUCAGGCAGAAAGAAGGAUCACUAUCGAUAUUCAAUGGAAUUUAUUAGCAAGACAAUUUCUCAGUUCAGGUCAAUGCCAGAUACAAAUUUGAAGACACUAAUAGAAGAAUGCCACAAGUUUUGUGAAAAUUCGACGUUGGAAAGUGGCAAAUUAGGAAUCCUAAGUAAAGUAAAGAAGAAUAACUAUGGAGAAUGGGUUGAUCUGCAUUGCGUCUUAAUUCAUCUGCAUGGAAAGGUCGGUAGUUUUUACUUAUUCUUUUCACCUAGCCGUACUUAGUUACGAUAAAAAUAUACUGUACAUAUUCAGGCACGCACAUAGACAUAUAACUGAAGAGUUCUCUUCGUUAUCGUUGUUACAUUAGGUGCAAAGUGAACGUCCUGUUCCACAGAUGGAGACCGAACGAAGGGCUCUUAAACUCAUCAGAUUAAUCGUGGAGGCUUACGUGGAGGGAAGAAGUAAAGCUGACUGGAAAUUUUGCCUGUUGGUAUCGUCUCUACUAGCAGAUACCGCAAAAAACAGCGUGACAAAAGGUAUAGUCUGUUUGCUCUGUUGAAUCGCAAAUUAGUUAAAAAGAGAACAUUUAUUAAAUGUGAGUGCCUGAUCAUUAUUUCUUCUCCGUGUCAAACAAAAUCACAUACGGCAACAAUAGGAACCACCUUUACCUUAUAACUGUAGGAUUAUAAAUGUUGUGAUCAAUAAAAUUUUAAACCAUAGGUCCAUAGUCUCCAUAUGUUUGUAGCUGAAAAGUCAGCAGUCUCUGUGACACAAAGCGCCGCGUAUUAAGGCUUGUGAGUGUAAAUGCAUGUCUCUAGCUAAAGUUAAUAGCACUGAACAGGUAUAGCUCAAAGGUCGGGUUUUAGCUAUUAUGACGCGAAACAAUAGAACGCAUACCUAGCAGGAUAAAUAGCCAAAAACAAGGAUUUGUCGGCAAGGUUUAAAGUUUAACGUUUUCAGGUUUUAUGAUUGAUCAUAACUCUUAUUAUUGUAUUGGUUAAUAAAGGAAAUGUUUAAUUUUAUAUUUUAAAUUGUCAUAUCAUAGCUGAUAUAAUUUCACCUUAAUUUUUAAGUAAACCGUGAUAAGCCGUGAGAUAUACUGUAAACUGUCCGAGUGGCUUAUGACGAACUUGUAAUCAAUCCUAGGCCUCAUUAUACUUUUAUAUUUUAUUUUUCCUCUUCUUUGAUCGAACAGAAUUGAGGGUGGAGGCUGGUGGUUGCUUGGUCUAUCUCCUUAAAAGUGAAAAACUGCGAAGAAGGCCAGAGUGCAGAGAGUUACUGGAGAGAAAAUGUAAAGAGGUUCUUUUCUGCCCAGACAAAGAAACUAGGGAAUUUCUGGUCCGUGCUCUCUACCACAAUUCUACCGGAGGGGAUCGCGAUUUACAAAGACCAGAACGCCUUCCAGUGGAACAGCUUACUGAACAUUUGUCCUCGUCGUACAGAACAAACUCGUUGGAAAUCAAGAAGCAAAUUAUCAGCGAUAGUCCAUCUAGUUUUGUCAAAAGUGGAAUGUUUCGAAGCAAAAAGGUAAAGCAACUUUAUAUAUGACAGUACACCAAUUAACGUAGUGUGCCACGUUUUUACUUGAAAAGCUAGCGAGUUUCCAUCUGUUCAGCGAGUGUGCAGCACAAAUAUGUUUCAGAAAACAACCUGGUGGGAACAGUUAAGACAACACAUCUCCAUGAAAACGGAUUUACUGCGUGACAAUUCAAAUGAGUAAUGAAAAUAUGUAGUUCUAGAAAACAAUAAAUCCUCUUCGGAAAAUACCCCUUAUUCAGAUAUAAAUUUUUAGUCUUCUAACCUUUCUAGAUCGCCAUCAAAUUCCUUCACGUAACAAAACAGCAUCUUAGGGAAAAGGAUCUCAAAUUACAGGCCAGAGAACGACUUAACCGAGAAGUCUUGAACAUGAGACAGCUAAAUGCAUCUCGACAUCCAAACUUCCCUGUCCUUCUGGCCUACGACACUAAACGUUUGCCGUACCAUAUCAUCACAGCAUUUGAAGAACGUGGAGACCUAUUAGCGUUUGUUCGGUCGUUCAGAGAAGGAGACCCGCCAGUAAAACACUAUCGGCUUCUUGAGAUGCUUAAAGAUGUCAGCGACGCUAUAUUGUAUUUAGAAGAGCUGGGAUUGGUCCACCGAGCUGUAAUGGCUAAAAAUGUCCUUGUGGGGUCUCAAAACUGCAAAUUAACCGGUCUUCAUUCCACUUGCAGAGCUUUUUACACAGGUAAAUCGGAAAGAAAUUGAUAAAGUUAAAAGCGAUUUAUUUCUUAAUUUGUUCUCAAUUCAGCUGUUGAGCAUUAUAUAAGAAUAUCAGGAGCCCUAUCCGUGAACAACGCAAAAUCUAUGAUAGCAACUUCGCUUAAUUCGUGCCCUGUUAAAACUCAUCCAGAUACUCCCAACACGAAUUGGUUUAUUGCAAUGUCGAUGAAAGACGUUAUAUAUCCUUUUUCAAUUACAGCUACAGAUUCUGUGGAGGGUUAUUGUUCAGCUGAGGUUCCUGAUGUUCAUGAAACUGAUCUCCCAUUUAGAUGGAAGGCGCCCGAGUGCUUAACGAAGCAUCAAUUUACCAGCGCGUCUGACGUUUGGGCCUUUGGGGUACUUGUGUAUGAGGUGCUCACGUAUGGUUGCACCCCAUACAGAGACAUCCUGGACAAAGACGUGCUUGAUCAUGUAGGUUGUUUUUCUCGCUAAAGAAAGCUGAAGAUAAUAACGACUGAUCAAUAUAUUGGAUGAUCUAACGGGAUUCCCUAAUCUGUAUGUGGCGAAAAAAAAAACUGUUUAGUACCCAAUGUAAAACUUUACUCACCAUUUUCACAUACACCAUGCUGCAUCUUGUUUACCCCCCAAAAUUUUGCAUAAUCAUUGUUUCCGAUUUCAUCCUGGGUAUUACACUCGUUCCAAGCCGAGAAAUCGAAGGCAAUGGUUAUCCAAAAUUUGGGGUGGGGGGAGUGGGUAAGCAAGGUCCAUUAUGGUCUGUGUGGAAAUAGUAUCAUAAUUUGAAAUGAGAAUAAAAGGUGCUGAACACUCUGUCUUUUUGCUGAUUUUUUGGGGGAUUCUCUUUCAACAUUAUAGUUUUACUACUUUUAUGUACCCAGUCAAACCCUUCAAGGAAAGAUUGGUUUAUUUCUAGAACUGGUAUGGAGAUGAGGUUUUAUGCCUGUCAAAAAAAGUUUUAAUUUGCUACAAUGAACUUAAAAUACUCUUCAUUUUGCAGGUCUUACACGGGAAAAAAAUUGUGCCGUCAGAGUCGUGCUUUGAAAAUGAAGAGUAUGAACUAAUAAGGCAGAGCUGUGCAUGGGAGAUAAACAAAAGACUCAAAAUAUCCCAAGUCAGUGAAAGACUUCAGGAAAUGUCCAGACGCGCCAAAAAAUCAGGCAUGUGUCAUGUUAAACUGAUGGUUACAUCCCGUUCGGGCUUUGAGGUGGAUCUUAAAAGGACAAAAAAGCAUAUGAUAACUAGAUGAAUACGGGAAAAAGGGAAACCAGUUGUAGUAUCAAACGAUCAACAGCGUGGCUUGUCUACAGUAACUAUCUGUUAACUACCUUUAUAUUAAAAUAACGAUUGCUGAUAAAAAUCUUACUGCUAUAAACUACUGACUGACGGAUAUAUUAACCACCCAGUAUAUCUUCAAUACUAUAAGUCAUUUCAUUUUGCAAUUUAUCCACCUUAGGGAAAGAGGGCUUAAGACAUCAUCCGCCUCCUUUAGAAAUGCAGUGCACCGGCAAUAGCAGCUCGGUAAGUUGCGAUUAAAUUUCUUAAAAAUUGCCUUUGAUUAGAAAGGCGUAUAUGUUUUAUUUUCAUCACCCAUAAUAUUACCCAUAUGAUUUCAAACAAGCCGAUUGUUAAUUGAUCCAGUUGUCUUCAAAGUUUGACAACCUUAAUUAUUGUUAACUUUCAGGAUGAAGAAUUAUACGAUUCUAUACCAGGUAACUUUCAUUACCUCUUACCACUCUUACAUUUUAUAUAAGCAAAAGCAAAUGUUCUUUCAUGUGGAGGGGCACCAAACUUUAUAAACCACUAGUUAUUGUCAUUAAUAAACACCUAUUGAUCAUAAAUAGCCAUUCCUAACUAACGCUGUGCCUUUUUUCUAGAAAAAUCUGACGAAUUGAGAAUGCCAGUACAGGAAAGUAACUGUGAGUUUGGAGAUUAAUCGAUUUUAUUAGAACAACCUCUUACAGUUUUACAAUAGCUCAUCAAUGAGUUGGUUUCCCCCUUUAAAUUUAGAUGUAUGUUGUUUUCUUUAAAGGCGUUUCUGAAGAAUGUAUGGUAAUGCCAGUCCAGGAGAGUAAGGGUGAGUUUUAUGAUAACGAUUCUAUAAGAGGUUUUAAAGAUUCAUCUGAUUUACCUAAAAAGGCAAUUUUUAACACUUACGGACCUUACGUUCAGUACAUGAUUCGCUUGUUAGUAGCUGAUGGCUCUGUUUUGCUAUAAAACUGUCGUUCUCUUAUUAUCUAACAAAACCACAAAUGGCUAUUUGUUUUUAGAUGUCUGCGGAGAACUAGAAGUCGAUGAUUACGUGGUCAGGAAAAAUGCCCAGGUAUGAAAAGUUAAAUUCCCUGACAAGCAAAUUUAGAAGACAAUUAAAGGAUGAAAAAAUUUGAAUAUUUGACUUGGUGCACUUCCCUUGGCGCACGACAUCCCUUCUGUUGUAAAUUGACCUAACUGUAUAUUUUUUUUUUCAAUUCAGGGAUUAACUAAAAUAUGGGAAAAAUUGUCAGAAGAAGAAGAUAAACAUAUCAGGGCACUUAAUCAUCUAAAAAAUGACCACCUUUCUUCAGAAUAUGAAAUCGAGUAUUUUGAUUCGCUUCCCUGGAUGGUAAGUUAUUGUAUUGCAUUUGAACUUUCUAUAAGGACGUCAACGGAUAGUUUUAUCUUUUACAUGUAAUUAAUGUGAAAAUGCUUCAACAUAAUGCAGAGCUGGGAAUGCCCCAAGGGAAACUUAAAGGAGUACGUACUUGACCAUCGAUGCAAAGUGGAGGACAUCGUCAUGUUCCUGUCGCAGGUGGCGUCUGCCCUUCACUACCUCCAUGUAAACCAUAUUGUACAUGGAGAUCUUCGAGCUGAGCAUGUGAACAUAGUAGCAACAAACAAGGUACACAACCUUUAAAUUUAGUCCCAUCAACCAUAAACAUCAAAAGCAUCAAACGUGUUCUCCACUUACCACUUGCUUACACGAAACUGCAUUAAAAAAAGAGAAGCCUUAUUAGUGAAUUCUGAACUGUCGUUUUAUUUAUGAUAUUAAAAUGAAGGAUGACGAUUUGUUCAUCAACCAGUCGACCGUUUUAUAACCUGACAUUACACCUCCUAUUCAUGAAUGAGACAACUUUUGUUUGUAAGAUGCAGUGAUUUCCCCGCGGGGACAGGAAAGGUUAACUACCUUAUACCCUUACUUAGCAUAUACGGAAAUGUGUCGUUGGACAGGGAAGGAUGGUUUUAGUCCCCUCUAUUCUCGCCAGGGUAUUUACUCUAGCACAUUGUAAUAAUCCAAAACUACUUUCUGUUCUCAGCUGUUUCAAAAGUUUGCAAAUUAAAGAUGUAUUGUUUUUAUUGCAGGUUCAAGUUGGUCGCCUGUGUCGCUCCAAGUCCCUGUCCAUGAGUGAAUACGAAGUUACCAGUACGUCAUGCGUAAAGGGAGCAAAAAUGCCACCCGAUGCUCUUCGCUGGUAAGUUUACGAGAACAAUGUACUCAUUUAAUCCCGAAUUAGUCCCGUAACCUUCGAAUGCAUCCACCUCUCAUUGUUCCCCUCUGCUGAGAGGUCUCAAGUGGCGGGAAAUGAUAAGAGACAGCUUCCUAAAUUGUUCUCUGCUCGAGUAUAACGAAGGGUUUCGAACAGAGUUUCUGAACUUCACCAAAAGAGAUGAUUUGCAAAUGUCGAUCACUGCUGAAGAGGACAACACGUGAAUUGACUGAAUUCCAAUUUCUUAUGAGUCGUGGCGAUAAUGUUGUCAGAAAAACUAUUGAGAGGGCCUGUGUGACAGUCGACUUGCCACUUAUAAUUAAUACCAGCAAUAAUCAUUUAAUUUUCAGGAGUGCACCACAGGUUAUAUUAGAUGGACAAUACACGCAUGCCAGUGAUGUGUGGGCUUUUGGUAUUUUAGCCUGGGAGCUUUACACGUCCUUUGCAGUUGGUCAACAAAAGCGUCAAUUUUCAGUUCCCUACCAUGAACUUAAAACGCAAGAAGAGGUAAAUCAUAGAAAUUAGACCGAUAGUAUGCCAGUAACAGAAUAUCGUCUUCAGGAAGGAAAUAUAUGUUUUCCUUAUUAAGUUGUAGCUAUUCUGUCACUUUUGCAAAGGUGAUUUUCUGAAAACCCACCUCGUCAGUUGACCCUCUCUCAUUUUUUGUAGAUUCUGCAAUACAUGGCAGACGUUGGACCCUUGGGCCAACCCGACUGCUGUCCUGACUGGGUGUAUAAAAUUAUACAUCAGUGUUGGGCGUAUGAUUCUACUCAAAGACCGCCUUUUCUGGCUAUCGUUGAUUGCUUGACGAGCAGGUACGUUGUUUAAUAGUCACCCUUAUGGACACUAAGACAUAUUUUAUCUCCUCACCUGGGAAGAGGCUUCCUACGGUAAUUUUCACACAGUUUUACCCUUUCCGUGGCAGACUGAAACAAAAGCCUCUGUAUGGGGCGAGUUAACCGAGAAAGUUGUGUUACGGAGACAUAUAAUAUUCUGUUUUGAGGUUAGAGACAAAAAAGGACACAAAGAUGUACAAAUAGACCUUCCAAGAUGGCUUCCAAAACCAUGACAGGGUCUAUUCUUUCAUUUAACCUCAUUAAACGUUUAAAAGAUACUAAAUUAUUUUCUUUCUUUCUCAUAAAGGGAGCCAAUGAAGUCAUGGAUGAUGCAACUGUGGCUGCAAAAUCACAGUGAAAGCGAUUGGCCAGACCUGUCCAUUUCCCAGGACGGUGCUCACGUAUUGAAUGAAGGUCGCCACCCAUCCAAACAAGACAUCGAGAGGAUGUGCUCAGAAGACUACUUCGCUAAACACAACUAUAGGUACAAUAGCAUCCGACUUUCCGAGAAAGACAAGACCUUGUACAGUAGCGCAUAUUCUAACCCCAUUUACUUGACAGAAGAUGAAACAUCGCCAAACAAAAAAAUGGGGCAAAACAAUAUUGAUCCGUAUGACGUUCCUGGAGAACGCAAACAUGCGAUAGGGGAAAUUAACCAAAAUAGAGGUCCGCAUGAGGAGAGCCGCAACAAAGCAUCUGGAAUGGACCUGCAAGAUUGCACCAUUCAAGACAAAGCGACAAAAAAUUUGUCAAAAGAUAACAAGGCACCCAAAAUGGAACACGGCGAUUGCCACAUAGACAACAAACCCAUAUCCAGUGGAGGCCGGAGGAGAGAAAACCAAGACACGCUGGCGCUUAGACAAAAUGUCCAAAAUAGUGAUCUUCAAAGCACUACACUCCAAAAGGAGCAAGACAGAUGCUCCUUGUACGACAAACCAACAUCCAAUCCAACAGCCACUGAAAGCAAAAACAGAGAAUACCAAAAUGCGCUGGCGCUACAAGAAAGCCCGAAUGAAGCUCUUGAAAAUAAAACACUAAGAAACAAACGUAACAAACCAACCAAUGUGUUAGGCGAUAAAGACGAAAACAGACAAUACCAAAAUGUGCCAGCGCUUAGAGGGUCCAAGAAUGGAUGUCUUCAAAAUAAAGCGCUCAAAAGGGAACAAGGAGGCUGCUACAGACACGACAUGCCUGAACAUGGAGGCGAAAACAGAGAAUACCAGAAUGUGCAGGCACUAACACCUGUCCACAGAACUGACGACCUUCAGAGAAAACCAACCAAAAUGGAUCCUGGGGGUGACUGCUUUGUGAACAGUGAAUAUCCAACCAACACCGACGUAACAGAUGAUGGACGCAAAGACCAAGAUUACGAAAACGUUCUGGCACAAAGACAAGUCCAUCAAAAUGGAGCUCCUCAGAAAAAAGAAAAGGGUGAAACUGCUCGUGCUGGUAGACUAACCCCAAGGAAACGGAAGUACGGAAAUGAGGAAAACAUACAAAGAACCUCAACGUCGGAGGAGAACCAGCCAAAAGAAAAUGAGUACGCCUGUGCAAACGAACAGGCGACGCUAGAGGGGCGUCAUUUAAGUAUGGAAGACGGCCAUUCCAAUAGAAUGUCUGCAAGCCAUGAUAAAAAAAUUGAGUUUGAAUAUUAUGUUUAAUUUGUUCGUUGUACAUAUGGUUCCGAGAAGCAACAUGCCUAAUAACAUUUGACCCCACAUAGCAUUUUGGAUGCUUUCCGACACACUGUAAAUCUAACUAAAAUAAUAGUAUUUACGUUGGAAAAAAAGCCGGCCUUAUUUUGCUGGCUGAAACUGUGUUGCUACCAUGGCCAGUUUGUUCAAACAUAACCACAGGCAUCCUAAACUCACGUAGCUGGCUAUGUUGCGAUUUAUAGGAUUCACUUACUUUUGCUGCAUUUUGUGUCCUUGUGUAUUUCUGUGGCGAUUUGGGCUGGUUUUGCCAUACUGCCUUAACCUUAAUCAAAAGCCUUUUAUUAAAGUCAGAAAGCAGUGGUUUUUAAGUCUCUAGUCAGAGAAGACCUUACGAUAACGUUUUGCCCUGUUCUGUCAAAUGAUCGAGGUUAUAUGUCAAAACGUCAAUAGCUAAAUUUGUAUAUUUACAACCUUAAAAAAGAUUUCUUGAAAAAUGUUCUGCAUGUGAACAGUAAAAUGUCAGUUUUAACAUGCGGAUUCGACGAUCUCACGACUUAUUUUUUAUGCAGAGUAACCUGCCGUACAAUUUGAUAAUCAUAAGAAAAGUGAAAUUUUAUUAGAAAAAUAAGAGAAAAAAAGAAAUGUGUGAUGCGUGAACGUAUUUUUAUGAAGAAGUUUUUAAAAUAGAAUUUUUUGG